AUGCCAAACCUGAAAUGGAUCAAAACCGAGACUUCCCUCCAAGACAAUCAGACGGAGUCCAACGGAGACAUUCAGACGGAGUCCAACGGAGACAUUCAGACGGAGUCCAACGGAGACAUUCAGACGGAGUCCAACGGAGACAUUCAGACGGAGUCCAACGGAGACAUUCAGACGGCGUGCAACGGAGACAUUCAGACGGAGUCCAACGGAGACAUUCAGACAGAGUCCAACGGAGACAUUCAGACGGAGUCCAACGGAGACAUUCAGACGGAGUCCAACGGAGACAUUCAGACGGAGUCCAACGGAGACAUUCAGACGGAGUCCAGCGGAGACAUUCAGACGGAGUCCAGCAGAGACAUUCAGACGGAGUCCAGCAGAGACAUUCAGACGGAGUCCAGCAGAGACAUUCAGACGGCGUGCAACAGAGACAUUCAGACGGAGUCCAACAGAGACAUUCAGAUGGAUUCCAGCGCCACACAUCUUAAUGUUUCCACAGGAAAUGUGAAUGCUGGUAUGUUCAAGGAGCCAAGCAUCUCCAAAGACAAACAGGUGGAGGUAUAUGCAUCCUGCAUUGUUGGACCACAUUUCUUCUGGUGUGAGUACGCCGAUGAAGAGGAGCAGAAAAAAGUGACAAGUCUUGCUCAGGAAGCAGGACUGGCUCAGCAGGAUAUGACAUUUCCUGAGACUCUCGGUCCUGGUAGUCCAUGCCUUGCUCUGUUUGCCAGUGACAAACACUGGUAUCGAGCUCAAGUUCUUCGCAGAGUUGAAGAUACAUUUGAAGUUUUGUUUAUCGACUAUGGAAACGAGACUGAAGUUGACAUCAAGAACGUGAGAUCAGUGCCUCAGAGUCUGAUGGAGAUAGAUCCUCAGGCCUUUCUGUGCUCUCUGGAUGGAUUUGAUAUGUGCAAAGGCUCCUGGGAUGACCAAGUUCAUGAUGUCUUCUACAACCUUCUGGUUGAUAAACUCAUCAGGGUGAAAGUGUUAAAUAUAGAAGAGCAUUCAGACAGUGUGUUCCCUCAAUAUGCGGUGGCAAUUGAGUGUGAAAAUGUGGUUAUGAAUACCGUGAUGCAGAAAUACUGGAAACCGCUUCCCACAGAACAUGCCAAACCUGAAAUGGAUCAAACCGAGACUUCCCUCCAAGACAAUCAGACGGAGUCCAACGGAGACAUUCAGACGGAGUCCAACGGAGACAUUCAGACGGAGUCCAACGGAGACAUUCAGACGGAGUCCAACGGAGACAUUCAGACGGAGUCCAACGGAGACAUUCAGACGGAGUCCAACGGAGACAUUCAGACGGAGUCCAACGGAGACAUUCAGACGGCGUGCAACGGAGACAUUCAGACGGAGUCCAACGGAGACAUUCAGACAGAGUCCAACGGAGACAUUCAGACGGAGUCCAACGGAGACAUUCAGACGGAGUCCAACGGAGACAUUCAGACGGAGUCCAACGGAGACAUUCAGACGGAGUCCAGCGGAGACAUUCAGACGGAGUCCAGCAGAGACAUUCAGACGGAGUCCAGCAGAGACAUUCAGACGGAGUCCAGCAGAGACAUUCAGACGGCGUGCAACAGAGACAUUCAGACGGAGUCCAGCAGAGACAUUCAGACGGAGUCCAGCAGAGACAUUCAGACGGAGUCCAGCAGAGACAUUCAGACGGCGUGCAACAGAGACAUUCAGACGGAGUCCAACAGAGACAUUCAGAUGGAUUCCAGCGCCACACAUCUUAAUGUUUCCACAGGAAAUGUGAAUGCUGGUAUGUUCAAGGAGCCAAGCAUCUCCAAAGACAAACCGGUGGAGGUAUAUGCAUCCUGCGUUGUUGGACCACAUUUCUUCUGGUGUGAGUACGCCGAUGAAGAGGAGCAGAAAAAAGUGACAAGUCUUGCUCAGGAAGCAGGACUGGCUCAGCAGGAUAUGACAUUUCCUGAGACUCUCGGUCCUGGUAGUCCAUGCCUUGCUCUGUUUGCCAGUGACAAACACUGGUAUCGAGCUCAAGUUCUUCGCAGAGUUGAAGAUACAUUUGAAGUUUUGUUUAUCGACUAUGGAAACGAGACUGAAGUUGACAUCAAGAACGUGAGAUCAGUGCCUCAGAGUCUGAUGGAGAUAGAUCCUCAGGCCUUUCUGUGCUCUCUGGAUGGAUUUGAUCAGUGCAAAGGCUCCUGGGAUGACCAAGUUCAUGAUGUCUUCUACAACCUUCUGGUCGAUAAACGACUCAGAGUGACACUCCUGAACAUGGACUACCAUCCAGAGAUCGCAGUUCCUCUGUAUACAGUGGAGGUGGAGUGUGAGGGAGCGGUUGUAAAUACAAUGAUGGAGAAAUACUGGAAAGGAUUGGACACGGGCGACGCUUCUGGAAUGUGUUUGGAAGCAGAAGUUGGCCAUGAUUACAGCGUGAUGAAGAAUUUAAAGUCAUCAAAGAAUGCUUUGGACCCAUGAAACCCAGACGUGAAUGAGCUGUCUCGCCUCUUGUUGACAAAUACAUUUUUAAGCAGAAAAAUAUAAAAAGAUUUUAAUAAAUAAAGGAAAUUAAACUUGUCA